AUAUAUCUAAUCUCUCCUUCUCCAAUAAGCUCACAUAUUAACGAACAUCUCUCUCUUUUCCUCCCUCAACACGAAGUGAAACUGACAUCAUAAGAACGAUGAUUGUGAUGGCGGUGGUGGUGAUUCCUCUCCAAUGGCAUAGAUAGAUAGAGACACAGAGUGUGUGUGCGCGCGCACGCGUGUGUGGUCUUUUUAUGUGAUUCUUCGAAGGAAUACUUAUAAACGUACAAUUGCCACGGCGUGGUAUUAUAAAUAGACGCGAGCUGCUCUUUCCAGGUUCGAGACGAGGAGGUUUCUCUCGGUCGGUAGGGUAGAGGAGGAAGGAACAAGGGAGGAGGAGAUCAUGGGGAGGGGAAGGGUGCAGCUCAAGAGGAUAGAGAACAAGAUCAACCGGCAGGUCACGUUCUCGAAGCGCCGCUCCGGGCUCCUCAAGAAGGCCCACGAGAUCUCCGUCCUAUGCGAUGCCGAGGUCGCCGUCAUCGUCUUCUCCGCCAAGGGCAAGCUCUUCGAGUACGCAACCGAUUCUUGCAUGGAGAGGAUUCUUGAACGCUAUGAAAGAUACUCGUACGUGGAGAGACAGGCUAUUGGAAAUGAUGCUGAGCCAACUGCGAACUGGCCUUUGGAGCAUGCAAAACUCAAGGCUCGAGUGGAGAUUUUGCAAAAGAACCAGAGGAACUUGAUGGGAGAAAAUCUCGAUUCCUUGAGCCUCAGAGAGCUUCAGCACCUGGAGCAACAGCUCGAUUCGGGUCUCAAGCACAUAAGAUCCAGAAAGAACCAACUGAUGCAUGAAUCCAUCUCCGAGCUUCAGAAAAAGGAUAAGGCUUUGCAAGAACAAAAUAACCUGCUUGCUAAGAAGGUGAAAGAAAGGGAGAAGGCAAUGGCACCACAGCAGCAGCAAGAAGAAAGCAGCUUCAACUCUGCCUCAGCUGUCAUGGUGACCCAGCCCGGGCCCGCCUUACAGCACCCUCUUGCCGCAAUGGGAGUACCCGGGUACUGUAGAGAGGGUGCGGAGGAAGAAGAGGGAGGAGAAGCUGCAAUGCUGCAGCUCCAUCACCGAAAUGGUACGAUGCUUCCUCCAUGGAUGCUUCACCACCUUUCCGAUUAACAACACUACCCCAUUUAUAUAUUAUAUAAGUAUAUGCCUCGAUAAAAUGAGUCCCCAUUUACUAUCAAAGGUGUCCUCAUCUAUACCACGUAUAUGUGAACAAACAAAUUAUAAUCAUAUGUACCCUAAGACAUUGUGGUCUGAAGCUGUAAGCACAUCUGCCAGCAUUAUGUCAAAGCAAAGAAAAAUAUCAAUUAGAAGGAAA